GCUCUGAAAAUUGAUGAAAUGGAACAAAUUAUUUGGACAAGACUAGAAAAAUUCUACUCGGUCGGUUUUGAAAUCAUACCUCAAGAAACUUGCGAGAUCUUCGUCUGCACUGCACUAGCAUUUCAGGGUUUGUUGGAGGCGAACGACAUCCACAACAAUGGGAUAGCGGGGUUCGGGCGCCAACCGACAGUGACAGUGGUGCACUGCGAGAUCCACCACGGACAGACGGGUGGCUUGUACGGGCUCGGCCAGUUCAUCGACAACCGCAUCCAUUCCCACAGCAAACCCCACCGCAACGAGAUCUACAACGGCCAUCAGGGUGGCGUCUUCAUCUUGGGCGAAGGCCGCGGCUUGAUCGAGCAUAACAAUAUCUAUGUGACUCAAUGUGGAUUGUGAAGACACAGAAGGGGACGCAUUUGGAUCUUGAAUCAUGAAUGUUGAAUCUUGAUGCUCACAGAAAAGGAAGUCAACCAGACAGGUGGGACACACAACUUAAGUUACUUAUUCUCAGUUAUAAUUAAGUAUACUUACUUCUUACUAAGUUAAUAGCUACUUACGUACAACUUAAUAGUUGCUACAGUACCCUUUUCUGGCUAUCAAGUUUGUUAGUGGCUCAAUUCAGGGCAGUAUUUUAUCACCAACUUUAUGUAAUAUAUCUAUUUUGAUGAUCUGGUAGUAUCCGAAUCGAAAUACUUCUACUACUAAUUGAAAAAUUGCACUAUAGUGUUCGAUUUUGAUGACACUACAGUCUAAAUUUUGAAUAAUAGUUAUUAAAAACUAUUACCCACGUUUAGAGCGCUUUC